UUAUAUAUUGUAUAUUUAUAUAUUAAAUUCUCGCGAUAAAACCCGAACACAUAUACGCAUACGUAUAUGUAAAUUGCUACCGCUGCUAUAUAAUCUAAGAGAAUGUCUUCCACUACUUGUAGACCAAUUCUUCCUCACCGGACAGGUGUUUGUUAUGAUAAGAACCUGUCUAAUACGAUGCACGGCAAUGAAAUGUUUGUGCCAUUCCCUAGGUAUGGAACUAACUAUAAUAUUAUUUUGGUCCACAACAAUAGUUCGUUCCAUGUGUCAUUACAAAGUAACGAACGGGCUUAGAAUAUAUUAUACAAAUACGAGGAUUCAUAANAAUUUUUUAAUUUGUCAGAGGGAUAAAGAAGAAGAAAGAUAUAAAUCACAAUGGAACAAGAAACUAAACUUUGCUUCACUGUCGUUGAAAUUUUCUUCCAGAUCUAUUCUUGAAACUAGCGUUUGAUCGUAUUCUUAGUGUAUUGAUAUCUGUAUCGCAAAUGGUACUUUAAGGGGGUAUUCUAGUCUAGAGGCAUGAAUUUCGGGCGGUUUUUGAAGCUCUGUACAAACGAAACAAAAAAUAUUUUUACCAUCCAUUUUUUUAUCAUUUGUUUAUUGAUAUUUUAAGAUUGCAUAAAAAAUUAACCAAAGAAAUUAAAAAUUCACAAAGUUAUGAGCUGGCAAAGUGGGGGGGGGGGGGGUAAGAAAAGGGGCGUGUCCUGGCGUGCAUGAUUUCAACCCUUCUAGUCAUCUGAGACAAAAAAUCCGAACAGAUUCUUAAUUAGUAUAGAUGCCGAUAUAGCAUGAGCCUUGGAGAAGUAAAAAAUGUAUUUUUUCACAAAAUGGUAGCCAUUUGAAAAGAAUCUUUCUUUUGGCAUGUAUUUUUAACAAUUCCGAAUUUUAAAAAAAUAGUAAAAUUAAAAAUUUUGAUCUGAGUGUGCUUUAGGCGGUAGAGGAAUAUAUAAAGAACAUUCACACCGAAUUUCAAAUAAAUCGGUUCAUUACAACUUGAGAUAUCGUGCACGCAAACUCGAAAAAGGUAGUUUCGGAAAAAAUGUGUUGAGACAAGUUUCCGGUAAUUUUACUUAUAGAAUGGUACAGGUACAUGCUUGCAUAUUUUUAAUCCGCGAUUUCUGCUUCAUACAAGAAUAUCUUUCUUACAUGUACAACACAGAAUUAACGAUGAAAGAGAAAAAUUCUAAAAUACAAUAGCCGCAAUUGUUAUUAAUUAAAACUGUUCAUUUGUUCCCGUCGGACCGGAGCAGAUGCCGCGUUACAAAAAUGGCUGUAACUCAUAAAACAAUUGAAAUUUUGAAAAAUCCUUUCAAAGGCAUAUUCUUGAAUGUCUAAACUUUGGAAAUGUGAGAAAAAAAUUUCCGAUUUUAUCAAAUUUCUAGGCUAGAAUACCCCCUUGAUCGAUUAUACAAUAUACCAUUAAUCAAGUGCCUAUGAAAUGAAAUAUAAAUAUUCUAUGGCACAAGAUUAAGAAUAGAAAUUUGUACGUGUCAUUACGAAUAUGAAAUUCCUCUAAUUUCUUUAUUCUUUAAUUCUUCCUAGGAAUUCCUCUAAUUCUUAUCAAAUAUUAAUGUAUUAAAUAUUCGCGAAUGAAAUUACCACGUCUUCAAAAUUACCACUGAAGAGUUGUUCGAAACAUGAAUAUAACUUGUUUAAUCCAGUCCCGAAUGAAAUAAAGAUAAUAAUUAUAAUAGAACGCCAAUAUGUUGCAAGAGAAAAUUUCAGAAAAUACCCCGUCGUUGUGAAUAUUUCCUCCGACCUUAUCUUAUCUCACGAAUUGACACGAUGUCUAGUCAGAGCAUUCUGCCGUUCCGUCCAGUUUUCUUUCGAGGCUCGUGGCCAGCCCAACGCGUCGCCUCAAAUCGUGCACAUGCUUUUAAAUUACAAUUUCCAAUAAUUCAUCACUAUCACAAACAGUGUUUCGAUCUGUGCCUUCAUUUCCAAAUAUAUAGUCGCGAAUUCCAUCAUCGCGAUCAUCGCUUUUCCUUAAGAAGAGUACGUGACUGUUUGUUCGUCUAUCUGUAGCCAUCAAUGUUAUGCCUAUUUCUCAAUAAAUCAUAAGUAACAUGACUAAAAUAAUUUCCAUUUAUUCAUCAAUCCUUCUUCAUUUUAUAAUUGUACUACAUUUUCGAAUAAUAUCAAUAUUACGAUACUAAUAUUAAUAUUGAUAUAUCUUCAAAUUCAUCGUAAUUGAUUUCUCCUUGGAAUGCUCAAUUACUUGUACGAAUCCGUAAGUUUCGUGGCACGAAAAACGUGCAUAUUCAAAGAUUCAUCAUUGGUAAAGGGGCGAUGCGACUCGAUAUUUCAUGUCUUUGAUUGAUCAAACGAUAAAACAACGCUAGCAAUGGAAGAAAUUUGCCAGGAAAGCAUUAUGGUCCAGUACCCCGCCGGUACCUCCCAAAGGGUCCGAUCGGGAAGGAGUGGGGGAACAAUAGCAAGUACAAUUCGCAACACAAUAACAUUGCUCUCAGCGAACAAACAUCAAAUCGUCAUGGGAAUAUCCAAGAGAAAGAUGCCGAGAAAAUCGGCUGCUCGCAGAAAAAGGAAUGCGAGCUCCCAGACGAAGAAGAAGAAGAAGACGAUAGUUCCGAGGAUGGAACAUGCUGUCAUCCCCGAAUGUCAGGAUCGGUCAUACGCGGACAAAGAAUAUACAACUUCUCGGGAGGAGAAGAUGUGGGAUCCGAAGAUGGAUGUGGAGAGAUGGUUCCCUGGCUACAUUAUGGCAGCCCGAACACUUUUAACACUAAAGCAGCAAUAUGGCGACAUUUCAAACAUGGAAGCAAUGGACAACUCGUGUUCUGGUGAUGCGGAACAAUACAUCUCGGAUGUUCUUCACGACUCCGAGUAUGAUCCGGACGCUGCGUUGCAGCUAAUAUUCACGAAUAAUAUACCGGAGAAAAUUAUUACAAAAUGGAAGCCAGAGGAGAUGCAACUCUUCACGGAAGGAAUCAUGAAACACGGAAAAAGAUUUUCAAUCAUUAGAAGGGAGAUGCUUCCGCAUAAACGAGUGGAAGAAUUUGCGGAAUUUUACUACGUAUGGAAACGAAGCAAAAUGGCAGAAGCUUGGAGAAAAUCUCGUGCGGAAAUUAAAGCCGAAAAGAAAAAGAUGCAGGAGAAACGUUUGAAAAAGAAAACUUUUCGUAAUCAGUCGAAUAACAUACCUCCUUGUGAUCUGUCGAAUAACAUACCUCCCUGUGGUCUGUCGAAUAACAUACUUCCUUGCGAUCUGUCGAAUAACAGAAGGAUGACGCGCAGCGCGACUGCCGCUGCGAGACGCUCUCUCCAAAAUAGCGAGGGGACAGAUGACGACAGUAGGUCGUCUACAUCGACAAAUCUAUCGGAGAAAAACGAAGAAACAUCUAGUGCAGCAGAGUCCACAGAUUCUUCGAAGGGACAUGUCCAAAAAGCAGAAAACGGAUUACCCGAAUCUGCUACCUCGGAAAUGUCUCCGAUGAAAAACGAGCAAUUUUCGGAUAACUCUAUGAAAUGUCCAAAACAAAGACGUGAAAGGAAAUCGUCAACUCCACGCAAGAUCGUUAACUUGGAAGAAGAAUCUGAGGAUGAAAUCGAGGAAAUUAAGUGCGUCACACCACCCAUCAUACCGCAGUGGAAAAGGCAACGAAGGUUCAAAAACACGUUGCUUAAUGAUACUCGAGCGAUUUAUCACUCUGAUUUGCAAUUCCUAAUAUAAAUAGUUAGUUCCAAUUAGAUCUUGAUGAACUUUUGUGUCAUUUUAUAAGACACAACGAACGAGCAAAAUAGUUAGAACAUAAUAUUAUUGUAUGUUUUUACGGAUUUUGCGAAUUUAUCAAUUUAUAUAGAUGCGAAUUAUUGCUACAAUUAAGCAAUGAUUUCUAUAAUUUUCUAUCUUUUAGCUCAGUAUGUAAAUAUUUUCCUUUACAUAUUUCUUUUAACGUGCAAUACACAGGUAACUGUAAGCAACAUCAAAAUGUGAUAUUGUUAGAAUUUUUGUUCGUGUUUAUAGUAGUUUGGUAGUUUAUAGUCUAUAGUAUGUCGUUUAUAGUUUAUAUAUGAUGGUUAUUAAAUUGUUAAUGAAAGGACGAAAGUAAUUUAUUGCAUUUUGAAAUAUUCCACUUUUAUUCCAUACGAUCGGUGUCAUUAAAUAAAAUUCUUUGUAAUUAGAUGCUAGCACACUGUAAGAAUGUAACAGCGAGAUUUUCUUGAGACGAUACGCCGCAUGGUGUGAAUGGAUGUGUUUGUGUGUGAGAGUAAACAGAAAUGACGUGGCGAAAACAUAACGCAUAAGUGUCACCUUUUCGGAAUAGUCCUGUACAUGCCACUUUUACACUAUGGCACAUGCAUUCUUUUCUUCGUCUUCGAAACUCGCCCCCUUUCAUUUCCACAAUUUUAACCUAAUAAAACGAUUCAUAAACAGCAUAUUCGUAUUUCUUUUUAUACCACCCUUAUCCCUAUACAUAUAAAAUAAAAAUUCUUUUACAGAAAAUUUUUCAAUUGUGCGAUAGGUUACGUAUUUUAAUCAGUGAAAUAUAUUUAGAAAAAAAAAAAAUAAAAAAUAAAAAAAUAAAAAAAUAAAAAAAGAAAUAUUAAACACGAAUAUAUGGUAAAAUUAAAACUUAAUAAAACGGUCCAGUACUAUGCCAUUCAGUAGAAAGGGCAUGAGACGAAAAUGUUAUCUACCAUUUAAGACCACGCGCAGGCUGUCAACGAAAGCUGGAGGCGAAGACGACGCAACGGCGUUCUUUGUUCCGCGGAAGUGGAGGAACACCUCUGUUCUCUUAAUUACGAGUACUCUGUUACUCUAACGCGUUACUCUUUUUUCUGGCUCUUCUUUUUUUCGCAUUUUUCAAAUCCUGCUGCUAAUUAUCACGACGAUAACCAAUUUAUUUUUGCUAGUUUUGUACUUAAAAAAAAAAAAAAGAAAAAAAAUUGAAGAGUGAAUUUGAGGAGAAAUCGAACGAAAUUUGAUUUACGAAUUUGUACGUGGUACAAAUUCAUGAUAAAUCGAUUUAAGUCUGCGAUGUGGAUAGUUUCGACGAUCUGGAUCGUUCGUGGACGCUUAUCACAAUAUAUAGCAGGCAGUGUCGCUGUUUUUGUAUAGAAUAUACGAUUGUUUUAAUAAGGAAGUUCGCCACUUUAGUCUUUCUAAUUUUUUAACUUUUUCUGACCUUAGGAUGGUAAUUUGAUCGCUGAUCUUUUGACGAUUGUUAUAAUUGUUGAUUAAUUGUUGUUGGAUUUAUGUGCAUAAUGCGUUAAUAUGAUCGAAAGAAUGUUUUGUUCGUAAAAAUUAAUGAUUCUACUCAACCCUUUGUUCUCGAAAUAUCUGUAAUCGACUCGCUCAAUCGUAUUUUUUUGCGCAUGAAUAAGAAUAAUCAAAAUUCAAAUUUACGCGUAAAGAAUGGCAUCUUUGCAUAGUAUCUCUUUGUUAAAAAUAAAAGUUUAUUUGUUGACCAAUAUUAAUGAUCUAAUUCUUGGUAGCCAAAGACGUAGAAAAUAGAAAAUUGUAUGUUGAAGUUGUAUACUUCUAAAAGAAUCAAAUAACAAAUCCGUAAACUGAAAAUAUAAAGAAUCGAGUACAAAGGGUU